CCGGGUUGCCUGUCUCAACGUUCGGAGCGCCCGGAUUGGCUGGAGGCUGCGCGAAGGAGUAAGAAGUGAAUGAGGGGGGAAAUAAGCGCCGCCCCCUAUGGAACGUUGAUACAUUAUAACUUUUUUGUGUGUCUGUGUGUUGGUAGCGUGUGUGUGUGUUACUUUCACACUGCGACACCGGCGGAGCUCGGACCGGCGGCUGCUGGGUUCAGCCCCAAAGGGGGGAAUCGGGAAGGAAAAAGCUUUUUUUCUCUCCCCCCCCCCUUCUCCUCCUGUAUCCCCCACACCACGGAGGCAGCACCCUCUCCUUCACACACACACCGAGCCCUCCCGGCGAGCAGCGUCCCCCGGCGAGAUCCGCGUCCUCGAGAAGCAUCCGAGGAAGGGGAAGGGAAAUCCCCGAUGGGAGAGUGACGCGUGGGGGUUUUAGGUUUUGAGGGAGGUUAAAUCGGGGCGAACUCCCCUGUUCUUCAGGGAGAGCUGGUCCCCUCCCCCACCAAGUCCCCUUUAGAACCCCGCGCGAGGAAGACCUGGAAGGACCACGCGGAUCCGGAGUGACCCUGGGAUACUAAACCGGAGCGAGGGCGGACUCGGGAAGACGAUCCCACCCCGGCUGGUGGGUGUGUGUGUCACCGAAUGGACCAGCAGCCCAGCGCCAGGAGCUGCAGCCGGGGUGCCCCAGCCUGCGAGGCCGUCCCGAACGAGCCCUCCAUGAAUCUGUACAUCAACACCACCACCGGGACCCGUUAUGAGCUCUCCGUCCCCGUGGAAGAGACGGUGGAAGGACUGAAGCGGAGACUGUCACAGAGGCUCAAAGUGCCUAAGGAAAGGCUGGCGCUCUUACAUAAAGAAAGUCGUCUCAGUUCUGGAAAGCUACAGGAUUUGGGGGUUGUGGAAGGAAGCAAACUGACGCUUGUCCCCACAGUGGAAGCUGGCUUGAUGUCUCAGGCAUCCAGACCAGAACAGUCAGUGAUGCAGGCUCUGGAAAGCUUAACUGAAACUCAGGUCAAUGACUUCCUGUCAGGAAGGUCCCCCCUGACGCUAGCCCUGCGAGUCGGUGACCACAUGAUGUUCGUGCAGCUCCAGCUGGCGGCUCAGCAGAGCGGAGGGCAACUCCAGCAUCGGCAUGUCAUCGCCAGCCGGGGAGAGCCCGGGGCAGCGGCCGGCCCCACCCCCCAGUGCAGGACGCUGCACGGAGGCACCAGCUCCAACUUCGCCCGCAUCCCGGUGGUGCCCACCUGCCAGCAGAGCCCCGCCCCCAGCCCCACCCCCUCGGCGCAGGCCACACCCAUGUACUGUAAUGCCGCCCACCCGGCCCCUGUCACAGCCGGGAUGUUCCGGUCACAUGGGGCCAGCACGCAAACCGUUAACAGCAGCGUCGUCUCCUCCUGCUCAGAGGUGGACUGUAGCACCCGGAGUAACAAUUCUGCCAGCAGUAACUCAGCCCCAACAAGCCGAUCCCGCAAGCCUGGCGCAGUCAUAGAGAGCUUCGUUAACCACGCUCCUGGGGUCUUCUCAGGGACCUUCUCCGGCACUUUGCACCCCAACUGCCAGGACAGCAGCGGGCGGCCCCGGCGUGAUAUCGGCACCAUCCUUCAGAUCCUCAAUGACCUCCUGAGCGCCACGCGGCACUACCAGGGCAUGCCUCAGUCCCUGACGCAGCUGCGGUGCCAGACACAGUGCGCCCCCUCCUCACCCCCGCCCUCCCCAGACCCCGCCAGCAAAACUACCUCAGAGAAACUGAUGUCCGCGACCGCCGUGGCCUCGCAGCCCCUGCACUCCGUGGUCCAGUGCCAGAGCCAAAUCAGGAUGUGCAAGCCCAGUGGUGACCGUCUGCGGCAGACCGAGAACCGCGCCACCCGCUGCAAGGUGGAGCGCCUGCAGUUGCUGAUGCAGCAGAAGAGGCUGCGUCGGAAGGCACGGCGGGACGCCCGGGCCCCGUACCACUGGCUGCCAAAUCGCAAGUCCAGCCGGACCAACAGCAACAGCAGCGUGUCUAGCGAAGGCAGCCUGGACCUAGACUUCGAGGAUUCAGUGUGGAAGCCUGAAGUCAAGGCAGACCUGAAAUCGGAAUUUGUCGUAGCGUAGACACUCACCCCGCCUCCCAGGCUGAUAUGAACGAACAGGGCCUGUGGCGGGACAGACCCCGCCGGGGAGAGCCAGGACUCUCGUCUCUUCAGUCCCAUUGCUCGGAUCUCCUCUGUAUUCGCCAGAUGCCUGGGGCAGACCUGGGUGACGUCUGUCGGAAAAGCGUGGCGGGGUUGCCCCACUUUUUUGAUUUUUUUUUUUUUGGUUUUUUUGUUCCUGAUUUAGUUUUCAGAGGGAAGGGGAUGGGAUGAGGGUAGGGAAAGGGAGCUCUCCGGGACGGAUGAUGCGGGGAGAUGAAGCGCUGGAGUUUCAAGCUGGCGAACUGGAUUUUGUUUUUGUUCCCGUUUGAAUAAUAAGUGGACUCUAACAUGCCUGCCUUACACCGCCGCCGAACCAAUAAAGCCAACGCACGAGAAACUGAACGGAGCAUGUCUGACGAAUGAACAUGCUCCAGACUUCCUACUUUUUUGCAGAGCGGAGUGCUUGCUCGUCAGAUGGGAGAGGGGAACUGUGGUUUAUCAAAGCUGCUCAUUUCGCUGUGAAAGACCCAAGCAUGCACAGUACAAGCAAGCGCUCCCUGUGGGCUCAGAGCCUGGUGCUCACUAUAUAUAUAUUUGGGGGGGGGGCAUGGGGAGGGCAGCUGUGCAUGCUUGGGCCAUGUGGGAUCCCAGAAUUUGGGGGCUGUUUAUUUUUCCUUUCCUCUUUAUAUGUAGCAUUGCUCAGCUGUUUGGGUUUUUUUUUUUUGUAAUUUUAAUUUAAUUUUUUUAAACCAAUCCAACCCUGUCCCAACUCCACACAGUUAGGUUGCAGAACCCACUUGCACUUUACAGGUCUCAGUUGUGAAGUAGUGCCGGGGCAGCUCUCCCCCGUCCUCCCCAGUAACAGCUUUGUGCUGGCUUUUGGAGAUCUCUGUUACGGACCUUCAGAGGAGAUGCUAUGGGCAUCCUCCCAGUUUUAUUCCCAACCCUCACCCCCUGCUUUGCAUUGUAAAUUACAAUGCAAUAGCUCUAUCCUUUAUUUUGGUUGUUAGGGUUUUGUGUGUGUGUGUGUGUGUGUGUGUGUGUACUUAAUUCUGACUCGUUGCGGCAGCAAAGGUGGCUUGCUUUAUUUUCUAUGGAAGAGGGAGGGUAAAAUAAAUAGAUUUCCCCUCUGCUGUAGAGACCAACUUUUUAAUUUCAGAAGGUUUUUUUUUCCACCCAGCUGUUGGUUGUGUGUUUUAACUUAAAAAAGGAAAAUUAAGAAAAAAAAUAAAAUAAAAUCCAGUACUUGGUAAUGGCUGUUUGCAGGCCUUGGGGCUAAUAUUUAUAGACAUUAAUAACUUGACUGAGCCAGUACUGACCUAGUGUUGCCUAGACUGUAGAAAUCCUUUUUCCUGUCCAUUUGUUUUUUUUUUCUUCCUUCCCCGUCAGGAGAUCUGUGCAAAUAGAAAACCCCACGUGAUGUGUUUUUUGUCUGUAAAAGUCUUUUUUGUGUGUGUUUUGGGGGAGGGGUGGGAAAGGAGGGGGUGGGGGGAGGGGGGAAGAUCAAAGUUUUCCAUCUUUACUUUUUUUUUUUUUUUUUAAAAAUUUGGGUGGUAUGGAUGCAAAUAAACUUUAAAUAAUAUGAAUGAGCGGGGGCAAUCGGGAACGAAAGUAGCAGCCCCUGUGGAUUUUUCUGAGGUUUUUCCUUUUUUUUUUUUUUUUUUUUUUGGUAGCAUUAACUCAAACUUUUUGGGGAGAGACAGGAGCCCUUGAACCAUGGUUAGCUGAAGAUAGCAUGGGGAGGAGGGUGGGGGUUGGGAAAACAACUGAUUUUGUCCCCCCUCCAAGGGGAUUCAAGUUGGAAUGUUAUCUGCAGAACAAAGGGUGCUGCUGGUGAAUGAGUUAAUUCAGGCCAAAGUGGGGCUGAAAGGAGUUGGUGCUUUUAAUUUCCAAAACCCCCUCCCUCACCUCCCCCAGCUUUAUUUCCCUCUCCAAGUCGAAAGGCGGUAGGGAGGGGCUACCCCCUUGCCUUUUGGUCUUGCUCAGGGCCUAAGCCUUUGUCUGGGGUUAGAAAUGCUAGAGCUGAGGCGUCUUGGUCUGGGUUUCUACUGCUGUAUUCCCCCAGCGCUCUCCCCUCUGCAGCUGCCUGUCCCAUGAAAGGAAAAACUUGAAGCAACUUUGCCACUAGUGUAUCCUGUUAGCUGGGUACCACGUGUGGCCCUGUUUCCCACCCUGCUAUUUCUUUAGCUAGGGGGAGGGGGAAGCAGGCUCUACAAAUGCCCAUACGGGUGCCCUAAGGGGGCAUCUUGGAGUAGCAUGUCUGUUUGAGGGAGAUGGGGACUGUGGCAUGGCUGGAACAACAGUGCCCUGGAAAUCCAGGCAGGAGCACAGUUGGCGCCGGAUUCUGGGUCCUUUUGGUUUUUAAACUCACUUGUAGGUUUCGGGUUUUUUUGUGUUUUUUUUUUUUUUUUAAUCAAUUCUCCCCAAAUGUAUUGAUACUGCUGUGCCCCCCAAUAAAAAAACAGCCCCCCCUUUUUCUUUAUCCCCCACAAUUGUAGCAAGAACCCCACCCGUGUCGUCAGGUUUUCUAUUGUGUAUUAACCAAGUCCUCAGUAACGUCCAUUCCUUCAGCAUCACGGGACCAUUAUUCUAGCGCCUCGGUGCUAGCUGAUUGGCUCGGCCACUUUCCGAGUCGUGAUGGGACCCCGCCCCCUCUGGUCACAUGACACCAUUACACAUCCUGUUUUCCCCAGCUGUGAACUUCCUUUGUACGUGUUGCUGUAGUUUUUUGUUUUUGUUUUUUAAAUUUUGAAUUCAAUAUUUAAAUGUACUAUUUUGUACGGUGUGUGCGCUCCUGCCAUCAUCCCCUUCUUGGCCUGGGGUUUUUUUAAAAAAAAAAAAAAAAUCAAAAAAAAAAUCUAUAAUGGAAAAAUCCCAUGAUGGGGAGGGGGGGAAAAGCAUUAACCUUCUCCAGUGUGUGCAUGUGUGCGCGGGUGUGUGCGCGGGUGUGUGUGUGUGGGGAGGGUAUUCAUGUUAUAUCACCUCAUUUAAGUUACUUGUAUUAAAUAAAAUAAAAAAAUAAUGAUUUAAAAGAUAAUAAACACA